UUGUUGUUUUCAGGUCCCGAUAUACCUGGGUUUUUACUUCAGCCGUUUAGGAAACCAAAGAGGAUAAGAACGGCGUUUAGUCCUUCCCAAUUACUAAAGUUAGAGCACGCGUUCGAAAAAAAUCAUUACGUCGUCGGAGCAGAACGUAAACAGCUAGCACAAUCGUUAUCGUUGACGGAAACACAGGUGAAGGUCUGGUUUCAAAAUCGACGGACGAAGCAUAAAAGAAUGCAACAGGAGGAGGAGGCCAAAUCGAAUCAAAGCGGCAACAAGACGAGCGGCACGCAAAAUUCGCAAAACAAUCAGCACCACGUCACGAAGUGGAAACAGGAGACGACGGGCGAAGAUAGUCAAUAUGGCGAGUAUAUCGAUAUGGAAAUGGACGAGGAUUGUGCGAGUGAUGUGGAUAGUGAAACGUAAACUUCAUAAUUUCAAUUAAACUACGAACAAUGUAUAGCAGAUUGCAUCGCGAGCGUUGGUUUUGUUGAUAUGGAAUGAGAGUGACAAACAUUGUUAUAGCCGUUUUACCUCCUCCGCUGUUAGAGUUUAAAUAAAAUAGAAACAAUUUAUAGUGCCAAUUAGACGUGCCAAAAUGUUGUGUUAUGUGCCAACGUAUUAAAGUAAAAUUAUUGUUUUGCCGCGCGCGCGCGCCGUUUCUUUUACCGUCUACCCCAGUGUUUGUACAUAUACAACUAUUAUUUAUUUCUGCGAUAAUGGAACUGACUAUUAUUUAUUUCUGUAAAUGUGUAUUAUAAAUGAAGUAUUAUACCUGAAAGAAGUUUUUUUUUGUAGAUAGUCAAGUUUUUUGUGGAACAAAUAAGGAUUAUAGUAAAUUUUGCCACGUA